AUGGUUGCUGGAGGAGCCGAAUCAUGUAUACACCCACUAGCUAUCGGAAGCUUCGCACGAUGUCGGAGUCUUGCUACUGGCUUCAAUGACAAUCCAGACAGGGCAUCCCGACCAUUUGACAGAGAUAGGCAGGGCUUUGUCGUUGCAGAAGGUGCCGCGGUUGUUGUUUUAGAGGAACUCGAACAUGCAAUAUCUCGAAAUGCCCAUAUCUAUGCCGAGCUUAAAGGAUACGGAUGCUCGGCUGACGCAUACCAUAUCACAGCGCCGCAUGAGACAGGUAGAGGUGCUUUCUCUGCGAUGAAGCGUGCACUUAAAAAUGCUGGAGUGCCUCCGAGUAAAAUCGACUACAUCAACGCUCAUGGCACGUCGACUCCCAUUGGGGAUGCAGCCGAGAAUCUAGCAAUCAAGUCAUUGUUUCUUGGAUCUGAAGGUAAAGCCAAAGCUUCAGAAAUCAACGUAAGCAGCACAAAAGGCGCUAUAGGGCAUAUGUUGGGUGGUGCUGGGGCAAUAGAGGCUGCUUUCUCGAUUCUAGCUAUUGAUCAGAAUGUUCUUCCGCCUACUAUCAACCUGGAUAAUGUAACCAAUGAAUUUGACUGCAAUUAUGUUCCCAACAAUGCGCUGCAAAGGAAUGUCGAAGUUGCACUCACCAAUAGUUUUGGAUUUGGGGGAACAAAUAGCAGUCUUUGCUUUGCCAAAUAUUAG